UUCGCGUCCGGGUCGGAGUGAGCCUCUUGCUUUCCGAGUGUGUUAGUGGUGGAGGUGCUACGCUGUCCGCGUUCUCUUCCCAGUGUGAUCGAGCCGCAGUGCCUGCCGGCGAGGAGUAUCCGCUGCCUCGAGCAGAGAAGGACGAGGAGGGGACCUGGGAGCGGGCAGCGGCCGAGCUGGGCCGCUCUGGGGCGGGCUGGCGACUCUGCUCCUUCGCUUGCUGCUGUCUCUGGGAACCGGGUGCCAGCACUGAGGAGUCUUCAGCUGACAGCAAGCCCCUUCCCCGGCUCCCCUGCCCGCCCUGCCGGGGAGGGCGGAAGAUGCCGGUGAAGAAGAAGAGAAAAUCUCCUGGGGUGGCAGCGGCAGUAGCGGAAGACGGAGGCCUCAAAAAGUGUAAAAUCUCCAGCUAUUGCAGAUCCCAACCCCCUGCUAGACUAAUAAGUGGAGAGGAACAUUUUUCAAGCAAGAAGUGCCUGGCUUGGUUUUAUGAGUAUGCAGGUCCUGAUGAAGUUGUAGGGCCAGAAGGAAUGGAAAAAUUUUGUGAAGACAUUGGUGUUGAACCUGAAAAUAUUAUUAUGUUAGUUUUAGCGUGGAAAUUGGAGGCUGAAAGCAUGGGAUUUUUUACCAAGGAAGAAUGGUUAAAGGGGAUGACUUCAUUACAGUGUGACUGCACAGAAAAGUUACAGAACAAAUUUGACUUUUUGCGCUCACAGUUGAAUGAUAUUUCUUCAUUUAAGAAUAUCUACAGAUAUGCCUUUGAUUUUGCAAGGGAUAAAGAUCAGAGAAGCCUUGAUAUUGAUACAGCUAAGUCUAUGUUAGCUCUUCUCCUUGGGAGGACAUGGCCACUGUUUUCAGUGUUUUACCAGUACCUGGAGCAAUCAAAGUAUCGCGUUAUGAACAAAGAUCAGUGGUACAAUGUGUUAGAAUUCAGCAGAACAGUCCAUGCCGAUCUUAGUAACUAUGAUGAAGAUGGUGCUUGGCCUGUUCUUCUUGAUGAAUUUGUCGAGUGGCAGAAAGUUCGUCAGACGUCAUAGCAAGAACUAUUGUGAAGAAAAUGCAAACCUUUAGAUCCUUACGUGUGUACAAGCUAAUGAGACGAGGAAAAAAAAGAAAAAACCAAAGGGGUGCAUUUUGACUCAUAUGAAAGACUUCUCAUAGUACAUUUUUUUCCUUUUUUUUAAAGGAAGUUUUCUUGUUACAUGUUAUGGGCAUUGAGCCACACCUCUUCCGAGACUGAAUAUUGAAGUUUUUGUUUUGAGUUAUGUUUAUAACAUUUAUUUCAGAACAAUAAAGAUUCAGAUUUGUGACAAAGGCCUUAAAGUGAA